AUGAAGAAUAGGUCUGAGAUGUGCACAUUCUCCUCAGAAAAUUAUCCAGAAAAAUUACUCCAACGGAUCUGCCAGCUUCGUUCCCAGAAUGAUUUUUGUGAUGUUACUUUAGAAGUGGACGGUGUCUUAUUCCCAGCCCAUAAGAUAAUACUUGCAUCUGCCAGCACCUAUUGCAAAUUGAUUUUUGCUGACUCCAAUGUUGGUGACACCAUCAAGAUCAAGGAUGUAAGUCGAAACGGACUCAAGACUAUUCUGGAUUUCAUCUACUCCAACAAGCUUACCUUGUCUUUGUCCAACAUUGAGGAGACUCUAAAAGCAGCAGAAGUCCUGUUGGUCCGUGAGGCUAUAAAACUCUGUUUUCAGUUUUUGGAAGAUGGUUUGACCCAAGAAAACUCUUUGGACAUUCUAAAUAUUACUAAAAGGCGUGGACCAGAAGAACUGAAGCAGAAAGCCACCAGUUAUGUUGGGCACCAAAAUAAACAUGUACUAAAACAGCCUGGAGACCUUGGUAAAAUAGACAAAAUUAUGCUUUCUGAAAUCCUGGACCAGAAAAAUAUCCCAGGAUACACUGAGCUGGACUUGUUCAAUUUUGCAGUGGCAUGGUUGCAACAUGACCCAUCAAGGCUGCAGGAAGCUGGAGACGUUUUAAAAAGGAUACGGUUCUCGCUCAUUCCUCUGGAAGAUCUCCAGAGACACGUGAAAGAGACGACAAUCAUGAAAACUGACUCUAACUGUUUCAGAUAUCUGCAAGAUGCCCUUCGAUAUCAUUCUCAAAUCUACUCGCAGCCUGCCCUCAACUGGGAAAGUGCGUCCAUCCGCACAAGCUCUGAGAAGAUGCUGGUUCUUGGAGGGAGGACAUCAGACAAUCGAGUCUGUGGGAAUAUGUGGGUUGAAAGUCAAGAUGGCAGCUCUUGGGCUGACCUUGGGGAGCUUUGCACACCAGUCUACAAUCAUUGUGUAGCUGUCAUCAAUGAUUUCCUCUUCAUCAUCGGUGGACAAACCAGGUUUGACCCUUCGGGGAAGCAUCCUUCAAAUGAGGUAAAUGCUACCCACGUAUCAUGCAAGCACAAGCGUGGAUUAUUUUUUAUUUUUCUGCAUAAAAUGACUAAAACAUCUUCUGCAAUCAGUGAAUUUCAUACCAUUUUAUAGCAAGGUGUCUUUUUCACGUAGCAUGGGUGAAUUAAAAUCGGUUUUUAAAAAUGUGCCAUUCUAGUACCUUAACCCCUUAAGGACACAUGACAUGUCUGACAUGUCAUGAUUCCCUUUUAUUCCAGACGUUUGGUCCUUAAGGGGUUAAAGCGGCUAAGUCACCUUCUGGGGUUUGCCUAUUUUGCAAAGACCCGCAAUGGUGACAUUUUCACUUGGGUUGUGGUGGCUUGAAGUUGCAGUCUUGGUAAAGUUAUAGUUACCUGAUGCUGUCCCCCGAGGGUCCCAAAUCUUCGCUCUUCAGCUCCUGGUACUUCAACUGCCAGGAGCUGCAUCCACACUGUACAACACCAGUGAUCAUGGCGGAGGCUGCACAAGCCUCCAUGGAUAUCAUUGUGCAAUGAGCGAUAUAAUGCCUUAUUUCCACAGCUGUCACAAGCGAUGGCUGGGGAAAGUGACAAAACUUGAUAGCAGUAGCUUCGCAUUUUAUCAGGUAGGAUUUUACCAUGAGACAAAAUAGUCCCUUCAUUGUCUUACAAUUUUUUUGUCUGCAUUGUAAUUCCAAUAUAGACUUUCUGAGCAUUUCCUAAAUAUAUCUUUACAAAAGACUCAAACCCCCCUCCCUCCAUGGUGAAAGAGCCGUUUCAAAUCUGAAUAUCUUACUAAAUGCAUUAGAUCUAGUAAUAGCCACAAUCAUCACACACCUAACUGAGAGUUUAUACAGCAAAGUACUUUUAUAAUUACCUACCAAGCCCUCAGCGAAUUCUUUUCUAACAACCUUCUUCGUACCCCUACUUUUACCCUCUGUGUCACCUUACCCCACUCCCUCUAGAAUGUAAGCUCAUUGAGCAGGGCUCUUCACCUCUCUGUUCCUGUACGUCAAUUUGUCUGGUCAGAAUUAAAUGUCUGUUAGUCCACCCUUUGUACAGCGCUACGGAAUGUGAUGGCGCUAUAUAAAUAAUAAUAAUAAUAUGUAAAAGUACUGCACCAUGGUUUUUAUUCCUUAUCUUUACAUGCAUCUCUGAAUAUCCAGACUCCAGAGGAUUAUCCUGAAUGGUCUUUAUCAUCUAUACUUUGAUGGGCUCUAUAUACUAAUUACACUUGUGAGCUCAACCUUGAAUUAUGAACAUUUCUUUGUUAAUACAGUAUUACACUAUUUUUGUGCCUUUGUAUUACCCUUUGUCGAUACUUUGCUGUAUGAAUUUAUGUUGAGGAUUUUUAGAGGUUUCAUUUUUAUCUACCACGUAAUUUCAAUUGCAAAGGGUAAAUACCAUUUUUCAAUUUUAUGUUUGUAACACACGAGCGCUGCACUUUUUGGUGAAUGUUUUUCCAAGUACUACCUUACUGAGAGUGAUGGGAGUUGUCCAAAGCUGGAAACAGAAUAAUUCAUUUAUUUAUAUUUAAUAUUUCUUUGCCUUUUGUUUUAUUUGGAAUACUACCCACCAGCCUUGCACUUCGCCCUAGUUGGUUAAAUACGUCAAUAAAUGUUAUUGAAAUUCCUGAAACAUAAUUGGUUUCUCAAGAGCAGCUUCGCCAAUGCCGUAUGUAUUGCAUUGCAAAGCAUUUCGGUGCCAACUGCCACUUACUGCUGAUCUAUAGUGGACACACUACCAACACUUAUCAAGUGAUUAUCCAAUAUCCUCGGAUGUCCCCUGGUCGCCUCCCAGAUGGGCGGAUUGAGGUGAAGCUGUUGCUAAAAGCUUGCCUAUUUUAUCCAGCGCUGUAUAUGUCCCAGUUUCUUUACAAUGUGGACUCAGUAUACAUCGAGAAAUGUCCUUUAGAGUAGUGUCUCUCAACCAAGUCCUCAUGGACCACCGCCAGUCCAGGGUUUUUCAGUAUCCAUAUUGGAAUAAAACAAGGAAAUACAUAAAUUCUGGACUGUUGGUGGUCCAUGAGGACUGGGUUGGGGAACACUGAUCUAGAGAGAGCGUUCUGUAUCACAAGGUUUAUAGUAACAAAAAGAGAGGGGGGUAAAUUAUAAUCCGUGGCCGGCCCAGGCAUGUUCGGUAAACUGGGUUACAUGGGUGGGCACUCCACUGUUUUAGGGCUUUAAAAUGCUGGUCCAUGUAAGGAGUGAUUACAAGUGAUUGAGAAUCUGAUGUCUCUGUGUGUGUAGAUUACAGUAGAUGGGAAUGAGGUUAUGAAAAAUAAAGCAUUUUCAGUUUUUUUGUUGCAAAAAAGUAAUGAUGUUCCGGGCACUCAAGUUCAAUCCAGUGGGCAGAUUUAUUGGAGCAAAAACACUUCCAUUCAGAGUUAAACCAUUUUCGAGCAGUUUAACACUGAAUGAAGGUCCCUGGUUUCCCACAACCCUGCCUCCACUGGAGGUGUGGCUAAGGCAGAGAUUACACACUUCCUUCUAGCCAUUCAUAAUCAAUUCAUAUCUGCAAUGGGCGCUCUGAUAGGCUGAAAGCGGUCAGCUGACUCUCCGCCAAUCACAGCCACAGCCAUUGCUGCGCAGGCAAAUACUUCCUCAUUAGACCAAGCAGCAGGGCCACCAUCAGGGGGUGACAACUGUGAUGGUUGUCACGGGCCCGGCGGCCCUGGGGGGCCUGGCCGCCCGGGCCCCACGCGGAGCGGCAAAACUGCCGCCGGUGCAUCUGCACCGGGGCCCAUCAGUUGGCCCAAGCAUUUAGGGCCACCCGAUGGGCCCUGUAUCUUCAGGGGCCCGGUUAGCGCUACGCCGGGUGAUUGCGCGACCGGGCCCCUUUUAAAAAAAAAAAAAAAAAAUUGCGGCUAAACACCGCAAGUGCUGCUGGGAGGAAGUGACGGCCGGUCACGGGGGGAGAGCGGAGGAGAAGACAGGACAGGGACACCAGAGGCAUCCACUCCCAUCAUCCCCAGCCACCAUCCUGCAACUUAAAGGUAAGAGGAGGGUGGCUGAUAAAUGAGGUGUGUGUGUGUCUGCAAGUAUGUCUGUAUGUCAGUAUGUCUGUCUGUGUGUGUGUGUGUGUAUGUAUGUCUGUGUAUGUCUGUGUGUGUGUAUGUCUGUGUGUGUGUCUGUGUGUAUGUCUGUGUGUAUGUCAGUAUGUAUGUAUGUCUGUGUGUGUGUAUGUCAGUAUGUAUGUAUGUCUGUGUGUGUGUAUGUCAGUAUGUGUGUCUGUGUGUGUGUGUGUGUGUAUGUCAGUGUGUGUGUCUGUGUGUGUAUAUGUCUGUGUGUGUAUGUGUAUAUCAGUAUAUCUGUGUCUGUGUGUGUAUGUCUGUGUGUGUAUGUCAGUAUGUAUGUCUGUGUGUGUGUCUGUGUGUAUGUCAGUAUGUAUGUCUGUGUGUAUGUCAGUAUGUAUGUCUGUGUGUCAGUUUGUAUGUAUGUCUGUUUGUCAAUAUGUAUGUGUGUGUCAGUAUGUGAGUAUGUAUGUACAACAGUGUGUGUGUGUCUGUGGGUGUAUCUAUAUGUAUGUCUGUUUCAGUAUUUGUGUCUGUUAGUAUGUGUGUAUCUUUCUGUGUGUCUGUGUCCUUUUGUGUCUGUGUGUGUGUAUUCCUGUUGGCGGGAUUUGGGGUUGGGGCUUGGAGGCGGGCACACGAGGGCCCAGACCUUGAGCUGUGUUCGGGGGCCCACAAUUUCUGAUGGCGGCCCUGCCAAGCAGCACAGACGGGAGGGGCUGCUGGAGGUCUCGUUUAACAUUAAAGCAUUAAAAACAGAUUAGCUCUGAAUAGAAGGACGGCACCACGGGAUUGAAGUCACUAAACACUUCAAUGACAUGAAGCCGUUACAGUGCCUACAGUGCAUUGGCGGAACCGGGGGGAGGCAACGGGGCAAUUGCCCCCCUCCCCUGAGAAAAUAGUGAGUCCGAGGCUCUCCUCUGCCAGCCCAUGCAGGGCUGGUGCUAUCCAAGCACCAGCCCUGCUGUUUGCCAUCACGGACCAGAGGGGAGAUCCGUGAUCUCCCUCCCCGGCCCACAGGCUAAUUGCCGGAUGGCUGGCAGGGGAGGGAGUGAGAGAGAGAACCCGGGGGCGCUCUUACCUGCAGCUCCACUGCGUUUUCCUCUCGCAAGCACGGAGCAUUGCCGCAGUUACCAUGUGUAGUGGAGAGCUGAUAUCCCAGACUAAACCCGCUAUAGAUCCCAGUAUGGCUCAGGAACAAGUAAAUAAUCCCAGGUAAAACAUCCACAGUGACAGAGUAAUCCAGCAGCGUAGCAAACACAAUCAGUAAUAUAAUCCAGCAAUAUCCCAUCACCUUUCCCAAUAACUGGACGACACACAGUAUCAGGAGCAGAACUGAUCUUUAAUCACACAACCCCUGCUUUUAUGCAAUCCUCCCAUGAAAGGGAGACACCCACAAUAAUAAGUACAGUAACCAAUUAGGUAUAAGGUACAACCCACACAUCUCCUCCCCUCAGAUUAUCAGUUAACAUAAUUAAAAGGUACACAAUUUUCCCCACGUUCUGGAUGUACCCUGAUAGCCCUGAUCUGGGUGAGUAGCAUAAUUAAAAAAUCACCCAGAUCGGACCAGGGGAUAAUGGAUUAUGGAGGGAUAAAGUUUUGACCGACCGCACAGGCAACAGUAGUCGAAAACCGUUCCAUAAGUUUUGGCCUUGCGGUCGGUCUCUGUUCGUGCUUUAAAAGUCCCGAAUCUGCCCCCAUCCCCUCACACAAACUAUAACCCCCUACACACUGCACCACACACAAAUAUACAGCCCCCCCUUACACACACAGCCUCCCCUCUGGGUAAGUUAUCAAACGUUUUUUUUUUAAACGGUUUGACUACUUACUCUGGGAGGGCGCCACAGCAACUCCUAGCACCAAAACCAUUACAGAGAGCUGUAGUGGUCAUUGUGCCUGGAUUGUUUCUUAAAAUGAUCUGCCAGUGCCCCUCCCGAGAUUAGCUUCUGGAUCCGCCACUGCCACAGUGUCCAUUUAAAGGAACACUCCAAACAACACAACCACUGCAGCUUGAUGUAGUGGUUGUGGUGCCAGGUUUGGUCUGGCGCCCCCCAACUUAAGUAAUCAAAUGGUUUUAGAAUGGUUUGACUCUUUCCUGGGGUCCAUUGGGAACUGCUCCUCACCUCUCUGGCAUUGACAGCAGAGAGGAGGCAGGGAGCAGCACCCGUCGAACCCCUUGCGUAAAAUCGGUGUGACUACUUAAAAUGGGGAUGGGGAAAGGCAAAAAAAACUCUAUUAUCUAUCUUAACUAUUAUUCUAGCUGUGCUUUUUUGGCUUAAAAUGUGUAAUUUCUGGGGAGCGUGGCUAGCAUCCGAGCUGUAUGGCAGCACACUGACAAAGCUCUGAGCAAAACAGAGCGAAAAUCGCGUUUACUGGAGGUUUACCACCGCUAUGGGGAAUCCCAAAAAGGCUCACUCGAACCCCCAACACACCGGGAAGACACCGGCAGGCAAAACUGGAACGGUAACCCGUUUGUUUAAAGAUUAUGCGGACCGCGUGUCCGAUCUCGGCGAAUCCAACAUGGUGCCGACGGCGGGGAACUCGAACCUGACGAGUCCCACGGCAUCUGAUACUUCCACAAACUCGAUGGACAUGGAUGUCAAAGAGAUUUUAAGAAAUCUGUCAUCCAGAACAGACCUAGCACAAAUGCUAGGUAAAUUAGAAACCACCUUCCAACCCAAGAUGGAAGGCCUCAGCACAGAGAUCAAGCAGGUAGGCCGCAAAGUGCAAGAUCUUGAAGAUGAAAGGGGGUCCUAUUACACCCAACUACAGACCCUGUUGGCCAAGGUAAAUGCCCAGGAGAGGCAUAUGACCAUGAUGCAAAGAUCAUUAGAUGACAUUGAUAAUAGGGGCCGCAGAAAUAACCUCUGAAUAAGAGGCCUACCAGAAACAGAGGGGGAAAACUUAUAUACCACGCUCUCAAUACUGUUUAACCGGAUCCUAGGCCGCAAAUCUGACACUCCAGUGGACCUAGAUGGAGCGCAUCGCUCCCUGAAAUCUAAAACGGGGCCAGGAAGCAAACCAAGAGAUGUUAUAUGCUGCCUCCACUAUUACGCGCUAAAAGAAGACAUAGUAAGAAAACUGAGAGAUACAUCCACCCCCAUGUUUUUCCAGGGCCAUGAAAUAUCGAUCUAACAAGACCUAUCAUGGCAUACCUUGCAAGCAAGACGAGCUCUAAGGCCGAUUACAGACCAACUCCGGGCACGCAACUUGCGCUACAGAUGGGGCUUUCCAUUUGCCCUAAUAGUCAGCGCCAGAGGAUCCACAUAUACCAUUGCCACCCACCAGGAUAUACCUGCAUUCAGCAAAGCACUGGGCCUGACAGAAACGCAUAUUAUGGACUGGUAUGCACCGGACCCGGCAAUAUCCUCCUCUUCAGCACAGCAAGCACCGAAAUGGAGAUCCCCAGCAAAGAGGCAGAAAAUGACACAAAUGGAAAUGCUCCAACGAGAAGAGACCGAAGCAGAGUAGCAGGGCACCCUUGGAGACCCUGGAGACAGAUGAACUAAUACCAUGCCAAACCACGCAGACCCUCAUAUCCAACAUUCAGCACUAGACUCCAUGCUCGAACUGGAAUUCCAACUUGUCUUGGACUUUGCUGAGGCCGACAACUGUGCCUGAACUUCGCCAUACACCAUCCAUCUGAAAGACUAUGACAGACCCAGGCCCACCAGGUCGUAUGCUCAUGCUUGUUUAUGCCCAUCUGGGAAUAUACUAUUGAUUUAAUGUACCUAUGUGCCUAUAUAUGUCCAUGCUUUUCUCAGAACACAAAAAUUAUCUAAUAUAUGAGAAUAACAGUUUACAUAUGUUUAGGAGCAUAAAAUUGCUCCCUGUUGUACCCAUGAGACACACGACAAUUUACCACUCACAGACAGAGUUAAUGACAGAAGUUGACUCGGGAGACUCCUACAGGGAAUAAUACAGGUCUGAUGGGGAAGGGGCGUUAAAGGGCAGGGACAGGACCAGACGGAACACGAUAGGGAAAAGGGAAUCCAUAGUAUUUCCCCCACGAAAUCAAAUGGUUCAAACGAUAAAAUCUAUAAUAAAAAAAAAAAAAAGAAAAAAAGAAACACAACGAGAGGGCUGAGCAUAUGCCACACCUUACCAUCUGGGGCAAACCCAGGUAACUCAAGAUUCUGCCCCUCCACACCCCACAAAUAUAACAAAAUCUCCACUCACAACCUCCAAGAAGCGAGCAUACGAAAUACAAGCGACUUUGCUCCGUAAAGCUCACUACACUAAUACAUCACUCAAGACACUAACAUUCGACCGUAAGGGUCGACGGUCAGGACUAGACGUCGACACUAACUCGACUCCCGAAACUGACAGCAACCCACCAGACUCUACUUACUACACGCACCCUUCCUACACCUCAGUGUGAACGGGGUCGUCAACCCUUAUCCCACUGCAGACAACAGGACUUCUCAGGGGCUGACCCCAGUUCUCACGCAGUUGCCAGAGAGCAACAACGUGAACCAUACGAAAUUGAAGACCAGACUAAACGACAGACUUGAUUCUUUGUAAAUAGUUACUUUUGGUUGUUAUAAUUUUUGAAACAGCUUGCUCAGUACUAAUCCACACCAUCCGCUCAUACACAUUGCUUAACUUGGUUAACGCCAUAUAGAGUAUUCAAUACACUCAGUUACCAAACUCCCCUUUCCCCCACACACCAAACCUUUCCAAUAUUCCAUGAUGGCAACAGUGUCGAUCCUAUCACACAAUGCCAGGGGACUGAACACCCCCGAAAAAUGCCAUAUGGCACUCACGGACUACCACAAACAUAAGGCUGAAGUAAUAUUCAUACAGGAAACACACUUCCGUAAAGACUCAGCACCCUCACUUAAGUCGAGACACUUCACCAAAGGCUACUUCAGUAACUACACUGGCUCGAAAUCCAGGGGAGUGGCAAUCCUACUCUCUUUACACCUUCCAUUCACAUACAAAGACCACAUGGUGGAUGACAAUGGCAGAUUAAUCUUCCUAAAGGGUCUGAUAGGCUCGACCCAAGUCACCCUAGCCAAUAUCUACCUCCCCAACAAAAAACAAUUCCAAGCCCUUCGAACCAUAAUUAAAAAAUUGGAAAACUUCUUAGAGGGACUAUUGAUCUUAGGGGGAGACCUAAAUAUAUCUCUAGAUGGGGCACUAGACACCACUUCACAGGCACAAUCAUACCAGACAUCCAUGAGGAUAAAUAUCCAAAAAUUUCUAGACUCCCACCAAUUAUAUGACUGCUGGCGCACCACACACCCAGCAGAACGCGACUACUCCUACUAUUCACACUCUUCCGGCUCAUACUCCAGAAUUGACAUGUUCCUCAUUCCACAUAGAUUCCUAAACCUAGUUAAUACAUGCGAAUAUGCUUCAAUCUCUUGGUCGGACCAUGCACCAAUCUCCAUGAACAUAGCAAUUCCUUCAUUGCACCCCACCAGGACACAAUGGAAACUCAACGUCACACUGUUAAACCAACCAGAGAUACAAAACCGAAUUGAAAACUCCUUAACGCAAUACUUCGAAUUAAAUGUUCGCCCAGACACACCCUACCCAAUGGUGUGGGAAGCACACAAAAGCACAAUCAGGGAUACAAUCAUCCAAGCGGCCUCUGGACACAAGAAGCAAAGGGAGUCACAGGCCUCCUGCCUAACUAGGGAAAUUAGGGAACUAGAGAACUCACACAAAAAAGAACUUGACUUAGCCACAUACAAGACACUAGUAGACAAAAAGACAGAACUUAACAUUAUCUUCUGGCCAAAAAGAGGAGCAACUACUAUGCACAAGGGGGUAAAUGUGGGUGACUGCUAGCGCAUGCCCUGAAAAAGCAAAGAGAACACACAUUUAUAGCAGCCAUACGAAACUCCGAGGGAAACAUCUCACACUCAAUGACAGACACUCUAAAGGCGUUUAAGGACUACUACUCAUAACUCUACAACUUGAGACAAACUCCUCCCCAAACCCACGACUUACAGGAAUUCCUCUCACAGAGAAUACACUCCACUAUUCCACGAAACAUACGAGACUCCAUAGACAACCCCAUCACAUCUGACGAAUGCUUAGCAGCGAUAAAACACUUACCAGUGGGGAAAAGUCCAGGCCCAGACGGACUUACAGCAAAAUAUUAUAAAACAUUUGCCACAAUACUCAUACCCAAUUUCCAGAACACAUUUAACGCGUUACUUAAAUCAGAUACCCUACCUCCACAAGCAUUGAAUGCUACAAUUACCCUCCUCCCCAAACCAGGUUAAGACCUGACCCAAUGUGGAAGUUACAGACCAAUUUCGCUGAAACUUUUCACGAAAAUACUGGCAAACAGACUACGUCCACUGCUCCCAGGGUUAAUACACACAGAUCAAUCGGGCUUCAUCCCAGGUAGAGAGGCUAAACAUAACACGACAAAAUUGCUCAGCCUCAUACACCAGGCCACACGAAUGCGAUGCUCCAGUCUCCUCCUGUUGAUUGAUGCUGAAAAGGCGUUUGACAGGGUAAACUGGAGCUUACUAUCAUCCACCCUACAACACAUGGGCUUUGGCCCUCACUGGCAGAAAUGGUUCAAUGCAAUAUACUCACACCCUACAGCAAAUAUCCGGGCAAACGGGCAACUUUCAGAGCCAGUAACACUAACGAAUGGCACCAGGCAGGGGUGCCCCCUAUCUCCUUUGCUUUUUGUAUUAGUCUUAGAACCCUUCCUACAAGGGAUUAGAGAUAACAAAUUAAGGGAAUCACAGCUGGCAAUGAGGAAUAUAAAAUAGCAGCAUUUGCCGACGAUAUGCUCUUCACUAUCUCAGACCCCAUCACAUCGAUACCUCCCCUAAUGGCAGAGAUGAAUAAAUACAGUAAACUCUCCAACUUUAAGGCAAACCUCAGCAAAUGCGAGAUCUUACCCAUACACAUAAAUCCCCAGGAGUAAAUUACAAAAUGAACACCAAUUUAUGUGGGCUCCCCACAACAUAAAGUAUCUAGGAAUUCACAUCACCAAAGACGCGACCCUCCUAUUUGAAAGUAAUUUCCCAAAACUGAUGAAAGACAUAACAGCUGACCUCAACACCUGGAACAAACCACAUUUCAGCUGGUUUUGCAGACUGAAUAUCUUAAAAAUGAACAUUCUGCCCAGAAUCCUGUACCUCCUACAGAUUCUACCUAUAACGAUCCCUAAAAACUGGUUCACACUGGUACGCAAGACUCUUUCAACGUAUAAAUGGGCCUAUAAAAAUCCCCGGCUCUCACACUCACUUCUCACUAGACCAAGGGAGGAGGGAGGCAUCGGGCUUCCAGAUAUAGAAAAAUACCACAGCGCAAUUCUCCUAACUAGACUUUACCACUGGACAUCCACACGCACCACCAAUCAAUGGGUGCAAACUGAAGAUACAUUCUUCAGAGCGCCAAUCUUCACAAUACCGUGGCUAAAAUCAGGCCACGCUCUCCUUCUCCAUGCCCCACACCCGACUAUCUCUCCCACACUGCGCAUGUGGGCCAGACUACAAACACACCAAACAAUAUCUCCUCAUUCCUCCCCGCUAUACCCGAUCACGCACAACCCCCUGUUCCAACCAGGAGAAGAUGGUAAAGCAUUUAAAAUAUACUAUGACUCAGCCUACCUAAAACUAGGAGACCUAAUGGAGGAUACAGGGGAUCGAAAGAUAAAACCCCUCUGCUCCCUCAUAGAACCACAAACAGCAAUACACAAGUUCCAAUACAGACAACUCACCCAUUUUAUCCUCACGGGACCACUUGCACACAACCCACACUGAGCACAAACUAGAUUCGAACACUGCCACGAACAAUCCAUAAAAAAAAGCUCAUCUCUGUGAUGUACAACACGAUCUCAACCACCCAACCCCACAACUCACCAGCCUUCACCACAUCCUGGGAAAAAUAACUCAAGCUGGCCUUUACUCCACACACGGCGUUUCAUAUUUAGACAAAUCCAUAAUUCAUCGCGCAACACACUAACACAAGAAGGGAACUACAAAAGGAUUGUGUGGUGGCAUUACACCCCAUCCAAAUUAAAAUCACUCUUCCCAUCACUACCAAAUCAAUGCUGGAGUUGCCACAAUACUGAAGUUAACUCGGCACACAUAUGGUGGUCAUGCCCAACAAUACACAAGUAUUGGAAACUUAUACAAUGUCUGAUUCAAACAAUACUAUCCAUACAUAUACCGCUCACACCAGACAUGCUCAUCUUCCUCAUACCGUCCCAAACAUUACCCAAACCGAAAGCGACCUUGCUACUCCACCUGAUUUCAUCUGCAAACCAACUCAUCCCCGUAUAUUGGAAACAACCAAAUCCCCCAUCCAUACGGGAAUGGAUACAAAGGGUUGAGACUAUUAGGGGCCUCGAAGAGACUUGCCAUUCUAUAACAGACAAAUACAAUUUUUACACCGCCAUCUGGGAACCUUGGAGUGCAUACCUCAAAAACCACCCUACAUAACACACCGAAAUCUGACAUACAGGAUUACCACUGUUCACCUCUAACCCCUCCCACCCCCCAACACUAUGGUAAAUGUUUACAAUGUUGAUCAAACGUAACAGUCGUUCGAGCAACAAGAUGCUCGCUGUGGACAAUGGUGCUUCUCUGUUGUACGCUAAGGCCCGCAGCCAGGCAACAAAAAUACAUAACAUUCAAAGAAGUUGUAAAAAGAUGUGUAAUGAUAACAUUCGUUCAUUUUGUACUGCUUUUUCUUAUUUGUAUUUUAUAAUUUUAAUGUCAAAUUCCUGUUUUCAUAAAUUUGAUGUAAAAUUGCAAUACCUCAAUAGAAACUUUGAAAAUGAAAAAAUAAAAUAAAAAUAAAAAGUGUAAUUUCUUUGUCCGUUCUGUAAACUUCACUGUUUAGUGAAUGUAAAACAAGAUAGUGUUUAUUCACUAAACAUCAAACUGUGCUGUAUUUCUAUAUAAAUACAGGUUUCCAAUUCAGUACAGUCUGCAUGGUUUUGUUCAAUAUAUGCCCUGUACGGUGUUUAUUAGUAAGUGAUGGCUGAUUCCUUGAUAUCCGUUUUUGCAAGAACUAAGAUGAACAAUUGAGUGUUGCAAAAAUUAAAGUUGUGACUAUUGCAGAGUUGGAGAGUUUUUCCAAAUUGGCCCUUUUUGAUAGAAUUUGCCAUUUAGACUGUAAACUUGUAGAUUGUAAGCUGUUUGGUCUGUUACAGGGUGGCAGAACUCUAGGGAAGGCAGUGGGGUAAUGGCCUACAAAUUACACACCCUAGAAGUGCUUUCCACUGCUCAGAUAUUUUGAAGACUCUUGACAUCUGUCUCACAGGUGUUUCGUUUCAAUCCAAGAAAUGGGACAUGGUUGCAGGUGGCUGGCAUGCUGGAGAAAAGGACACGGUUCCAUGCAGAUGUGGUUGCUGAUCGCAUUGUAGCUGUCGGAGGAGGAACACUUCUGGGGAACCUCACCAAUACCGUGGAAGAGUAUCAACCCUCCGAAAACAAGUGGGAAUCCACAGCUCCUUUCCCAUUAGCCAUAGCUGAUCAUGCAGGGACAACGCACAAAGGCAUCUUGUACAUCUCAGGUGAUAAUUCCUAACGUAGAAUACUAGGUCUUCUAGUCUGUGCUUCAUCUUGAUGGGACAUGGCCGUCUCUCUAAUGUAUAUUUUCUUUGUUUCAGGCGGGUAUUCAGCUGGUAGGACUCUGAAUGAUGUCUACAGCUACCUUCCAAGACUCAGGCGCUGGGUGGUAAACCGCGCCAUGACAUUUGCUCGUUGUGACCAUGGAAUGGCGACCAUAGGAGACACAAUAUUCUGCAUUGGUGGUCGUACACUGAACGCGGUAAGUUGGCACGUAACAAUCGGAAUCUGUUUCCAUUUAUAACCUCAUUGUUAUUGGUCAUAAGGGCAGGAUUUGGUCAUCAGAGGAUCAAGCAAUACAGUGUUGAAAUGGAUUACCAAUAAUGUACGAGACGUUGCAAUGGAAAAAUUAAUUAACUGUGGAUUUGUAGAAUGUAAAACAGAGAUGGAAGAGAUAAUGACUGAAAAGGUUAUAUGAUAUGAUAGUGGGAAGAGCUGUGUUUACUAGAAUAUAGCAAUGAUGAGGAUAAUGAGUGCGUGCUUCUUGGGGAAAGACGAACAAUAAUACACUUAUUUUGUAAUUAUACAAGAUGGGAUACAGGGAGACAUUGGGGGGGGGGGGAAGGGAAAACUCUAGUUGUAUAUUUUAAUGCAUUUGAUUAUGGAAUCGUAAAAAAAGAAGAAAAAAAAAAUUCUAAGCCCUAAAUCACCUUACCUUUACCUUUCUUCCUAGUGCUUUUCAUUGUCCAACCAAACGCUGCUUGUUCACCUUGUGUGCGCAGACGCCAAUUGUAAAUGCUAGAAAAAAAAAUGAUGUAUAAGCCAGCCCAGAAAAAGAAAAAGUUUUUAGCUGAUAGGACAAUGAGAUAGUUCUACACCCCAGGUAACAAAAUACUAAAUAUCUCAGGACUGGCAGAAACACUGCACAGAUAUGGUCUUUGCACCAUAACCACUCCAGCAAGUUGAAGUGGUUACGGUGCUUAGAGAGACAAUUUACGUUAGUGGAAUUAAUGUCUAAUUUGUAUCAAUUUUCAUAGACUAGAUCUCUGUGGUAUAUACAAUGAUUUCCGUGAUAUAAUACACCAUCAUAAAAUCUAACAAACAUUAAUCUAAGACUGGGUUUGUUUUCAUUUGUUUCCCACAAGGCCAAGAAAUGGAUCCACGUGAAUGAAACCGAAUAUUACAGCCCUGCAGCCGACCAGUGGAGCUCGUUGAAGCUUUCACCAUUUAACUGCUGUCAGUUCAGCAUCCUGACGCACCAGUCCAAGUUGUACAUCACUGGUGGUGGCUCUUUGAAGAGCAUGAACAAAGAAGAUGGUGUGUUUGUUUAUGACCCCGAAGCCAAGACGUGGUCAAAAGCCGGAUCCUUACCGCGUCCGUUAGUAGAUCACGCUUCCUGUGCUAUCAAACUGCCGCAGCAGAUGAUGGAAAAGCUGUUGGAGAAAGAAGAGCUAAGCCCAACGAGUUCCAACAAGAAGAAGUCCACGCUGACAUUGUUUAUCACUGGAAAACCAGACCAUGACGCAUGA